AUGGUGGCUGAGAAGAGAAUAUUCAAGCAAAAGACGAAAGAGAAAAGCGACUACAUAAACGAAGUAGAGGCAAUAAACUACCAAACAGCGGUGGAGGCCAAAAAGAUACUCAACACAAUACACAGAACCACAGACAAAACAUCAUCCAUGCUCUACGAGCAGAGGGAGCAGCUGGAAGAGAUAGCCAGAGAGUCAGAAACAGUGGAAGAUAACCUAGAGAAAGGAAAGCAGCUGUCAAUCAAGAUGAAAAGAGCAGGGAAGAUCAUAGUCAUAGGAGACAAAAUAUCAGACAAAAUCAAAGGGUUCUUCAAGUCGUCGUCAAAACUGAAGAAAACAUACGAGCCCUCAGCUUCCCCACCUCCCGAGCACACAGAAGCCCAAGACACCCUCCCUGCAAUAGAAGCAGAGCCCACAGAAGAGUCAACAAAUGAUGUGCUGCUAUCAAUAAGAAACGGCCUGAAGUCUCUCAAGAGCAAGCUCACAGACCAAAACAAAGAAAUAAAAAACCAACUUCCACUGAUCAAAGACAUAACAGACACAAACACAAAGUCAGCAUCAGAUGCAGUAAAAGUAAUGAAGAACUUGAAGAAAAUAUAG